AUGGGUAAAGCUCAUUCAAAAACCGCUCGACUCAGAAGUAAAAGUCAACCAAAUCCAACAGAUCCUCACAUUCAAGAAGUUAUUAUUAAACGAAAAUAUUCUUCGUCUUAUGCUUUACCAUUGGAUAAUGACGAGAACUUGCAAACAGAUAUUGUGAACAAUUAUCCUCAAUCCAUUAAACCUGAAAAUACAACAUUUAUUAGAGCAAAUGUUAUCAAUGGUUUGCCAUUUGCGGACAAUACUUUUGAUUUUGUAUACAUGCGUUUUAUGAUGCUUGCUUUUUCGUUAAAAAAUUGGCCACAAGUAAUAAAUGAAAUGACCCGUGUAUGUAAACCUGGAGGUUGGAUUGAAGUGAUGGAGAGAGAUAUUCUUUGGUUCAAUGAAGGAGAAGUAGUGCAUAAUUGGAGAACAAAAAUUGUUGAAGGAAUGAGAGAGAAAGGAAUAGAACUUAUUAUAAGUCCAUAUAUUUCUAAUUUCUUUAAAGCAAAUGAACAGUUAAUAAAUUUCAAAAGUGAUGAAAGAAUAGAGCCACUAGGUGCAUGGGCUGGAAUAAUAGGUAAAGCGUAUUCACAAGUUAUUAUGUGGGGCGCAAAGAAUCUAACUCAUGCUGUAUCAGGUAUCCAAUUCGAGGAGGGAGAAUAUGGAGAAUUAAUUAAUGUCGCUAUGGAUGAACUUAAUAAGAAUCAAUCUUUUGACAAAAGUCAUCGAUUUUGGGCAAUGAAAAAACCUCUGUAA